AUGAAGAAGCUAUUCUUUUUUAGAUCUUCUGGUAAUGGAGCUGAUAAACAGGUUCACUGCGAAAAACUAGCAGAAAGUAAGAUGAAAACCCAAGCUAGUACUCAGGCUGAACAACAACUCAAUAGUCCCAAGUCACAUGGUGAAGUUUCUGGUGGUAGUCCAGCUCUUAGACGCAGCGUUUCAUUGUCCUCGGCUGGUUUCCUUUUUGAUAAGUUUGGAGAAACUUCUACGAAUGAUCUACCUGGUUCUGCUAAAAGCCAGGAUCGUCACCGGAAUCACUCAUCUCGGUGCUUUACUCCAGAAAGACAAGUCAGAGAAAGGCAGUGUGAAGCAGACAAGUUUCAACAUGAUUCAUCUGCGAGUUCGUCAUCUUGCUCUAGUAAUGUCUCAAGUAAAGUUCUGGACCGUUACAUUGAUGGAGAAGAGCAUAUAGAGCGGUGCAAGAAAAAGAGUAGUUCUUCACAAAGCGAUGUCUCUGGGAGUGUAAAGCAAAGGAGGCUUCCACCUCGAGUCCAGUCGACAGUCCCUACGUCUCCAUCAGACACUUUGAAUGACAAGAGAAAGUCCCACUCAUUUAGAGAAUCUAAAGGAACCCGCCUUCGUUUCUCAACUAAUGAUUGCGUGGAAGAUGGAUCCAGGCGUGGAUCGCCUCGUUCGCUUGCAAGAAAUGUCAUCGAAAGACUCUCUCAGACUAAUGGCAAGUCAAAGGGAUCGUCAAACCAUGAGCCCAUCACUAUUCAAGAUAUCUACGGUGGAUCCCUUGAUAGAACUUUUGACUCGAGCUCAGAUGUCACGGCCAAUGUUUCACUGGCUGAACACUAUGAACCUGUGAACGAAUUCUAUGCGCAUGACUACGGAAAGCACCAGCAAAAUCACAUACAUGGCAAGAGCAUGUAUAGGUGUAUGGAAGAGGGUAUCGACUCAGAGCUGGAAAUGAAGAUCAAAGAAGCUGAGAAGAGAGUGAGAUUGUUUUCUGAAGAAUUGAAGCAGCAGAGAUGCCUUUCUGACUGUGACUUUGAUGUUUCAUCUUUGGUUGGGGCGGUUAGAAAACUCGAAGACGAGAGGAUCAACUUAGCAUUUGAGAACGUAAAUCUUCUGCGCUCCCAAUUGGCUGAGAGAACUUCUGCUAGGGAAGAAAACAGACGGGUGAAGUCAGAUUGGGACUUGCAUAUACAAAGACUAGAGAAGGAGAGGAGCGAGUUGCAGGCUGGACUGGAGAAAGAGCUUGAUAGAAGGUCAGGUGAGUGGACUUCAAAGCUCGAAAAGUUCCAUUUUGAAGAGAAGAAGCUCCGAGAGCGUGUCAGAGAGCUUGCUGAGCAAAAUGUCUCACUCCAGAGAGAACUAUCUGUUUUCAACGAAAGUGAGACAGAGAACAAAGAUCUGAUAACACAUUUGGAGAGAAGAGUAGCGGAGCUGACCACGACAGCAGAUGAAUUGCAUGAUGAGAACUCUUAUCUUAAGCAAACUCUCUCCCAGUUACAAGAGACUUACGCAGGUGCUACAGAAGAUCUUGAUUUCUUAAGAAGAAACUUUGAAGAGAAGGAUCAAGAAUGCAAGGAGUUGCACAAAUCUGUUACAAAGUUUCUGAGAACCUGCAAAGAACAAGGGAAGACAAUCGAGGGUCUUCGAGAUGGGGUUUCCGAGGAGAGCAAAAAGCAGCCGUCAGAGAAACUGGACCAGCUGGUGAAGAAAUUGCAGGUGGAGCAAGUAAGGUUGACAGGGAUCGAGCUUUCACUUAGAAAGGAAGUCGAAUCAAUGAAGCUCGAAACUGACUCUCUUCGCCAUGAGAAUGUCUGUCUGCUGAAUCGAUUGAAAGGAAAUGGCGAAGAGACAGACAUUACAACCUUGAAGCUAGAGAAUGAGUUGAAGAUGCGUAUCUGCUACUUGCAAGACCAAGGACUGUCAAUGUUAAACGAGAGCAGCCAGCUGUGUUACAAGUUGCUCAAGUUCAUCAAAGGGAAAUUAACUCAGUUUCCGCAAACCUCUCAGGAUGCAGUAUCAGCUAAGGACGGACUAAGUGAGCAGUUUAUGAUUGAGUCUGAAGUGAAACUCCAUGGGAUGAGGCGUGCAACUGAAAACCUGAAGAGAAGUUUGCAAACGGUAACCAAUGUGGUGGCUUCAAAUUCAGAAUUAUCUUGCUCAAGUAGGCCUAAAGAGCAAAGAAACCAGUCAAUUGAAGAAACCUUGCGAGCCGAACUGAGAGCUGAGACACUAAUCACAAGUCUAUUACGUGAGAAGCUGUAUUCCAAGGAACAAGAAAUCGAACAGCUGCAAGCAGAACUAUCAGCUGCAGUACGAGGUAACGAGAUUCUGAGAUGUGAGGUCCAAAGCACUCUAGACAACCUCUCCGUUAAGACCCACGAGUUAAAAGACCUCAAGCUCCAGAUGUUGAAGAAGGAAGAAAACAUAAACCGGCUUGAAAGCAGUCUACAGGAAGCAGCGAAAGACAUGGCGAGCUUGAAAACAGUAUUACCAAAAGUUUCUGACGAAAGAGACCAGAUAUGGAGAGAGCUGAGGCAAUGCUGUGAGAAAAACAUGCUUUUGAACGGAGAGAACGAGACGUUGAAAGGGAUGCUAGAGAAACUGGAGGAGAAAGUGUUGGAGAAAGAAGGAGAGAUCACAAUACUACAAGACACAAUCGGAAGCAAGCGUCUCCACCUCCUCUCAAGUCCUGAUUUCUUGGUAUAA